AUGGUAUCCGCCUCGUGCUGCCGCGUCGUGGGCCUUGGCUCCCUCCUUGCCGCGGCCGCGGCCACCACCGCGUUCCUCACCUUCUCCCUCCCGUCGUCCAACGGCGUGUCCACCGCCAAGCUCACCGUAGCAGUUUCCGUCAACGCGAGCUCCACGCCGCCGCCGCCGCCGCCUCCUCCUCCUCCAACAUUAGCUACGGCGUUACCUCCCCCGCCACCGCCGCCGCCGCCCGUGGCGAGGCCUCGAAAACGAGAGCCUUCGUAUGGGAGGAUGACACCUGAGGAGGCGCUGCGGUACGCCAAGAAGGAGAUAAUGGCCGCCGAGCCGGUAGUUAACGACCCCGACCUGUACGCGCCUCUCUUCAGGAACGUCUCACAGUUCAAGAGGAGCUAUGAACUGAUGGAACGGAUACUCAAAGUUUACAUUUACCAGGACGGCCGGAGACCCAUCUUCCACACUCCUCCUCUCAGCGGCAUCUACGCGUCCGAGGGCUGGUUCAUGAAGCUUCUCAAGGAGAGCAGGCGGUUCGUCGUCGCCGACGGGGCCAAGGCGCACCUCUUCUACCUGCCUUACAGCUCGCAGCACCUCAGACUCUCGCUGUACGUGCCAGACUCCCAUAACCUGCGCCCACUGGCCGUCUACCUGAGAGAUUUCGUCCAAGGCCUCGCCGCCAAGUACCCUUUCUGGAACCGCAACAGAGGGGCCGAUCACUUCCUUGUCGCCUGCCAUGAUUGGGGACCUUACACGACCACAGCGCAUCGCGACCUGCGCAGGAACAGCAUCAAGGCGCUGUGCAACGCCGACAGCUCGGAGCGGAUCUUCUCCCCGGGAAAGGACGUCUCCCUCCCGGAGACAACCAUCAGGACGCCGAAGCGGCCACUCCGGUACGUCGGCGGGCUUCCCGUCUCCCGGCGGCGCAUCCUCGCCUUCUUCGCCGGCAACGUGCACGGCAGGGUCAGGCCGGUCCUCCUCAAGCACUGGGGCGACGGGCGCGACGACGACAUGAGAGUGUACGGGCCCUUACCCAACCGGGUGUCCCGGCAGAUGAGCUACAUCCAGCACAUGAAGAACAGCAGGUUCUGCCUGUGCCCCAUGGGGCACGAGGUGAACAGCCCCAGGAUCGUGGAGGCGCUCUACUACGAGUGCGUGCCGGUGGUCAUCGCCGACAACUUCGUGCUGCCCUUCAGCGACGUGCUCGACUGGACCGCCUUCUCCGUGGUGGUCGCCGAGAAGGACAUACCGGACCUCAAGAAGAUACUCCAGGGGAUCUCGCUCAGGAGGUACGUGGCCAUGCAUGACUGUGUCAAGAGGCUGCAGAGGCACUUCUUGUGGCACGCCAGGCCCCUUAGGUAUGAUCUGUUCCACAUGAUUCUGCACUCCAUUUGGCUCAGUAGAGUGAACCAUGUUGAACUUCUGGAGUAAAUAUAUAUCAGAUGAUCCAUGUGUGUAAGGUAUUUGUGUGAAUUGUAUAGAUGCAUGGCCUCAGGCCCUCUGUAUACAGUGUACAGUGAAUUUAGCAUAGUGAUGUUGCGUCACGAGGUACAAA